AUGGACCCAGGACCAUGGCAAUAUGGCAAUCGUCAAUACAGCAUCAAGCUUUCUGAUACAGGUGUCGCAGGGCUGCAAAAAUCAGCAUUGGAUAUGUCUUCUUUAUCGCGCCGGGCUUGCUACAAAUGCGGGAACGUUGGGCAUUACGCUGGUCAGCAACAUGGCUUCCAGUUGGAGAAGGCAUGCAAGCUGAUAUCGUGCAGAAGUAUGCUCGUCAUCAGAACGCCUAUGUUACAACUGCAAACAGCCUGGUGUGCAUCUAUCACUCCUCGAUGUAACCUUAAGAUAAUCCGAGCGCAUCUAAUUCCCAUUAUAGGACAUGAAUCCAAUGGAUGCCCGCAUCCUCGCACCACCGACACCAAGCAAUGCUACCAUUGUCAGGGUCUUGGGCACGUCCAGGCAGACUGUCCGACUCUGCGUAUCAGUGGCGCCGGCACGGGAGGUGGACGCUGCUAUUCUUGUGGCCAACCGGGUCAUCUAGCGCGAUCUUGCCCAAAUGCAGGCUUUCAACCCGGACCUGCAUUCGGUGCAGGUCGGGGAGCUGUUCCUCCCCGUGGCGGAUUCGCCGGCGGUUUUCGCGGAGGCUUUGCGGGAGGUGCUGGUGGUCCACGUCCUGCAACAUGCUACAAGUGUGGUGGACCAAACCACUACGCUCGUGACUGUCAGGCGCAAGCUAUGAAAUGCUAUGCAUGCGGCAAGCUGGGCCAUAUUUCUCGCGACUGCACAGCUCCCAAUGGCGGCCCCCUUAAUUCUGCAGGCAAGGUUUGCUACAAGUGCGGUCAAGCAGGGCAUAUAUCUCGGGAUUGCACAGCGGCCGAAACGAAUGGUCAGAUCCCCAUUGAUGGCGCAGUGGAUCAAGUGCAGCCAGCGCCUACCACGGUCGUCGCCUAA